AUGAGUCAGUUCACAGUGCAACCAGUCACCCCAACUUUGGUGAGAGCCUCAGUAGUCAUACUGCUGCUUGCAUUCUUUUUGUACCAUGUAUCCAAACUCUUAUUCUUCGUCUUCAUAUACCCGUUUUACGUCUCCCCUCUAAGGAAGCUUCCUGGACCCAAGGAUAAUGAUUCCAUCUUUGGUCAAUGCAAGAAGUUUCUCAAGGCCGCCUGGGUUCCUUACCUCUAUCAAGAGUGGUCCACUCGAUGGCCAGAGAGCCCUUUCAUACGCUUCUUGGGACUCUUCAAUUCAGAAUAUCUUAUCAUUAACUCGGUUCAAGCCUACCAAGAAGUUCUUCAGACCAAGAACAGUUCAUUUUCUAAGCCAGCAUUGACGAGAAAGGCUGCUACCGUUGUGAUUGGCGAUGGCCUUCCCUUUGCAGAGGGUGAUUUGCACCGCCGUCGCAAAGGUGUUCUGCUCAAAGCUUUUUCCAUUCCAUCCGUCAAGAAUUUCGUUCCAACUAUAAAUGCCAAGGCGGACUCUCUGGCACGCUGUCUAGAGUCAGCUCGGCAAAGCUCCAACGUGGUUGAAGUUGAGAGCCUUCUGUGGAAAGCAUCCCUUGAUUUGAUUGGAAUCAAGGCGCUGGGAGUAGACUUAAAUCACGUCGAGUCUGAUGACUCGCAACUCCACGCACUCGUCGGCGAAACAAUGAAGCAAUCACUCUCCGGGCAUAUCAUCCACUACCUCAGCUCGUACUUGCCCCUGAGGAGACUUUUGCCUCUCGAAAUGAACAAUAAAUUCCUGAGUUCCUGCGCACAAAUCAGAACUCUGAUUUGGGCCCAUGUUCGGGACUGUCGUUGCCAAAUCAACAGCGGUACUAGGACGGGGACUCCCAAUGCGAUCCGUCUUAUGAUGGAGCAGGAGCCUCUAUGGAAUGAUGAAGAGAUCGUUGAAUAUAUUUUAAACCUUUUGAUACUAGGUCACGACACUACAUCAUGUAGCUUGGUGUGGGCAGUCUCGAUCUUAUCAAGAGAUCCUAAAUAUCAAAACCGUAUCCGCAAGGAGAUUGAAGAUAUGGGACUAGAUCCGCAGGAACUUGGCUACGAGCAGAUUGAGCGCCUCCGGUUCCUCGAUAACUUUAUUCGAGAAGUGCUGCGAACACACUGUCCAGUCGCCUAUGUCCCCCGAGAGGCCAUCGAAGACGUUAAAAUCGCCGGAGUACAUAUCCCCAAAGGCACGGUGAUCCACCCUUGCCCCGGCGUGAUCAACCUCCACCCGCAGGUCUGGGGCCCAACGGCAAGCGAGUUCGACCCAGACCGCUGGGACACCCUACAGGGUGCUGCCGCAAACGCCUAUGCGUUCGAGACGUUCCACAAUGGGCCCCGCGUCUGCAUCGGGAAGCAGCUCUCGAUCGUGGAGAUGAAGGUCAUGCUGAUCAAGAUGGUCACUAAAUUCCGGAUAGAGGCCGUCGAUGAGCAGGCGCAGAUCGAGCUUGCUAGUCCAAGUUUUACAUUGAGGCCCAAGGAGAAGCUUUGUGUGAGAUUGGUGGAUAUCAUGUGA